AUGUGAUUGACUCAGAUGUGUUAUUUAUCUCGAGGGUCACGAACUUAUACGUGGGUGGAAGGAAGGGUGUAUAUUGGGGCGGUGUAUGGGCGUGGUAUCGGGACUACUCGUCCUUUAACUGGCACGCCUCGGUAUAUUCGAUACUUGCAAGUUGAUUCGGCAGUCUCUGCAGCGACGUCCGGGCAUUCGAUCGUGUUGGCCCGCGUCUCCUCUAGCCGUGCAGUGUACACACAUAGGUACCUAUAUACUAUUUAUAAUAUUAGUAACGAUUUUAAUAUACCAUCCACCACACGCUCACUAUACCCAAAGAUGGACCAUCAUCACCAUCAUUAUCAAUUGAACCACCAUGGUACAGCGCACCAUUAUCACGCACCUCCGUACACAAGAGACUAUUUCCUGUAUGAGUACUCUUCUGGUUCCGAGUCCGAUGGCACGAGCUCGCUGAACAGUGACUGUGAUUCCGGCAAUUGUGUUGGUUCGGGUCGCAAGAAGAGUUCACGGUGUCACAGACAAAAGACGCAACAGCGCCAAGCAGCGAACCUGCGUGAAAGGCGACGCAUGCAGAGCAUCAAUGAAGCAUUCGAAGGACUUCGGGCGCACAUACCCACAUUACCGUAUGAGAAGCGCUUGUCCAAAGUGGAUACCUUGAAGUUGGCCAUCGGUUACAUAAACUUCCUGUCAGAGUUGACCCGUGGUACAGGGCCUACAGGAAACGGCGUCACAUCUUUGAACGUGGCCAAACUUACAACGAUCGCCGGUCGUCUGCAUAGACCACCGGCACAGGUCAAAGAGCAACCCGUCAAGAAGUUUAUUGUCAGAGGCGCGUUUGGAACUCCAUAUUCAUUACAUUCGUUGUCUUGGUCGAGGGCAAAAGAAAAUUGUCCAAAUAGCGCAGGAAUAAUGCGAGCAAAGUUAUGGAGGCCCGAAGUAGGGUCACCGCGUAAUUCUGGAUCUACUUCAACCUCAACGAGUUCGACAUCUUCAAGUAAAACCUAAUCACUCAACAUAAGAAAUAAGACUACUACUAAUUAUAAUGUAUAGCUUAUAGUUACUUAUGGCUUAUAUUAUACCAUUGAUCAACAUAUAUAUACCUAUAUAUAGCUAUAUAAGUAUAUUUUAAUCAAUGGUUAUAGUAUAUUCUUUAUGUCUCUUAUUCAGUUGUUUUUAUUCCUAUUUAAACAUUUUUAUUAUAACAUUAACUAUAUUAUUUUUUGUAUAGGUACCUCGCUAUUGUAGGUACCUACUUGUUUUAUUAUUGUUUAAUAUUGUUAGUUUAUAGUUUGGUGUGUUUAUUUUUUUUUUCAAUUAACCAUCUAUCUUAAAAAUAAAAUAAUAUAUAAUAAUAUUAUCUUAUAAUUUAUAUUUUGUAAUUAACUAGCUAUAUAGAUGGGUCAUUCAUUUAUUGUAAUAUUAUGCUUUUGAUAGUGAACGAUGUAGAGAAGAUAAUAUAUUCUCU